UACGCUUGCUGCAGAGGCGCCUUGGACGCCGGGCCGCGUGUGUACUCUCGGGGGCGUGGCGGCAGGAAGAGCCGGGCGGCAGGCGCUGGCGGUCUCCGGGUGGCCGCGCCUCCCCUGGAGCCGGGCUCUGCGGGCACGUGAGUGGGAGCGGAGCGGCGGGGAGAAGCCGACCCGGCCGACGAGGUCCGGCUCGCGGCUGAAGGACCUCCUCAUCUCCACAGGCCCUGAAAGUUCAAGCCUCGGAGGCCAUGGAUACCUCGACGCCUUUGCCUCCCGUAGCCCCCUCCCCGGCCUGCAACCCAGCCCCACGGACGAUCCAGAUCGAAUUCCCUCAGCAUAGCUCGUUACUCCUGGAGGCCCUGAACCGCCACAGGCUGGAGGGAAAGUUCUGUGACGUGUCUCUCCUGGUGCAGGGCCGCGAACUUAGGGCCCACAAAGCGGUGUUGGCUGCCGCCUCUCCUUACUUCCACGACAAACUUCUUCUGGGGGAUGCACCACGUCUCACCCUGCCCAGCGUCAUCGAAGCCGACGCCUUCGAGGGGCUGCUCCAGCUCAUUUAUUCCGGACACCUCCGUCUGCCACUGGAUGCUCUCCCUGCCCACCUCCUUGUGGCCAGUGGUCUCCAGAUGUGGCAAGUGGUAGAUCAGUGCUCAGAGAUCCUUAGAGAACUAGAAAACUCAGGUGGUGGGAUUUCAACUCGGGGAGCGACCCCUUUCCACACACUUAUUUCCACCACAUCCCCUCCAGGAGGCUGGUGCAUCCGCUCUUCCCCUUUCCAGACUGUGGCGCAGUCUUCCGCUUCUACCCAGAGCCCCGUUGGAGGGGAGGGGAGUGAACUGGGAGAUAUGUUACAGCUUCAAGUUGAAGAAGAGGAGGAGGAGGAGGAAGAAGAAGAUGAGGAGGACCAGGGGUCAACAGCACCCCCUCAGACUCCUCAACCUCAGAGAGGGUCAGGGGGUUUUCCCCGCCCUCCUGCAUCCCACGCCCUGCCCACAUCCACUACUCCUUGCAGGCUUCCAGAGGGCGAGAGUGCUCCACCCGAGCCUCCUGCCCCUCAUACUGCACUGCCUCCCAAAAUCUUCUACAUUAAGCAGGAACCCUUUGAGCCCAAGGAGGAGAUAUCAGGAGGCGGAACUCAGUCUGGAGCAACAAAGGAGGAGACCAAAGUGUUUCCAGGAGGGGACACUGAAGAGAAUGGAGAGCUAGGGUUCUUGCUGCCCUCAGGAGCAGGGCCAACAUCUGGAGGAGGUGGUCCAUCCUGGAAACCAGUGGAUCUUCAUGGGAAUGAAAUCCUGUCAGGGGGUGGGGGACCUGGGGGAGCAGGGCAAGCUGUGCAUGGGCCUGUGAAGCUAGGCGGGGCACCCCCUGCAGAUGGAAAACGCUUUGGUUGUUUGUGUGGGAAGCGGUUUGCAGUGAAGCCAAAGCGUGACCGGCACAUCAUGCUGACUUUCAGCCUUCGGCCCUUUGGCUGUGGCAUCUGCAACAAGCGCUUCAAGCUGAAGCACCAUCUAACAGAGCAUAUGAAGACCCACGCUGGAGCCCUGCAUGCCUGUCCUCACUGUGGCCGCCGGUUCCGAGUCCAUGCCUGUUUCCUUCGCCACCGGGACCUGUGCAAGGGCCAGGGCUGGGCCACUGCUCACUGGACUUACAAGUGACUACUGAGGCCAUACGCUAACUUCCAGGACAAGGUAGCCACUGCUGCUGUUGGAUACUUACCCCUCACUACCAUGGCACCCGAAUCCUGUAUCUUGUUAAUUAUGCCAAGAGGAUAGCUAUAUUAUGGACCUCUUGUUUUUGGGUGUGGGCUUCAACCUGAGCGAUUUGGAAACUCUGAUUUCUCAUCUCACUCCAGGUUUUGGCUAACUACCCUACAGGAAAGUGGUUUACAGGCCAUAUAUAAAUCGAUCAGUUGCCCAUAAUAGAUAUUCUUUUCAUACAGGAAACUGGAAUUCAGAUUAGAAGUUUAUUUGAUGAGAGAGGAGUUAGCAAGAAAAAUUAUGAUAAAUAUUUCAUUCAGUCUCUGUGAGUAGUUAAGGGAGCUGGUCUCCAUCUAGAGAUAUGCUUGAUUCAGAGUUCUAGUAAUCCGGAGACUAAGCUCUAAGCUUUACUCUCCCUCCUCAUUGCUGAAAUUAUGUGAGUAGAGGUCUUCUUACAUACUUUUGUUAAAAUUUUCUAGAACCCCUUCAGAUUAUAAAUUGCUUUCUCACUAGUAGGUAAUUUUGCAACACCUUUUUUUUUGUAUGUUGUAGUUGAGCACUUUAACAGAU